AUGGAUGUUUCUGAAGAGGAGGUCAUUAAUUUACUGCCUGUUGAGGUUUACAACGUUUUCAGAAAGUUCAGUUUCACAUCAUUUACUGAAGUUCAGCGUGCAACAAUACAUCAGCUUUUGAGGGCAAAAGACGUAAUAGUUCAAGCGCCGACGGGUUCUGGAAAAACGCUGGCGUAUGUGGUACCGCUGUUUUCCAUUUUAGUAAAGAAGUGGCCUAAGAAUGAAACGGGAGCCUUGAUUAUCGUGCCGAGUCGAGAGUUAGCUUAUCAGGUAUGCACAGUCUGUCAACCGUUUGCGGAUGCUUUGGAAAUUACGCUCUGUGUACAUGUGGGCAAGAAAAAAAGGAAAGAUGGCAUUUCGGACCCUGUGGAUCUGAACUUCGGGGGCACUGUAGUAAUAGCCACGCCAGGGAAGUUAGCGAAACUGGUUGGAGUGGCAGAAAAUAUCAAGUCAUUAAGAAGUCUUGAAUUUCUUGUAAUCGACGAAGUGGACCGCCUUUUUGAUGUAGCUUUCAAGCAAAGUAUGACGACCAUUAUGGCUGUCCUACCAAAGCAGCGCAGGACGGGCUUACUCUCCGCCACUCAAGCGAAGGAUAAGGAAGACCUUGCGAUGUUUGGCUUGAGAAACCCAGUCGAACUAACCUUAGCUGACCCUGACAAAGGAAAGACCUCUACUACGGGUGAUGUUGUUACUCCAUCAUCCUUAUUGAAUUAUUACGUGGUCAUUAAAGCUGAAGAAAAGCUUAGUGCUCUAGUAGAGUUUAUAAGGAGUCAGAAGGAAGCCAAGAUUUUAGUUUUCUUUUCUACUUGUAAGUGUGUGGAGUACAUGAAAAACGUCCUUACACCAGUAUUAAAGAAACGUCAAUUGCUGGCUCUGCAUGGGAAGAAAAAAAACGGUCAUCUGUCACAGUUAGAUAUGUUUCGAAAAACGCGAAGAAGCAUUCUGUUCAGUACUGACUUACUAUCGCGUGGGAUUGAUGUGCCAGAUAUCGAUUGGGUUGUCCAGUUCGAUAUACCAAAGGAGUCCAGCUGGUAUGUUCAUCGUAUCGGACGUAGCGGAAGGAGUGGUCGUGAAGGCAAUAGUUUACUUUUAAUUUCGCCAGAACAGGAUGCGUAUAUCCAAUUUUUGCAGAAAUAUGAAAAAUUGGAACUUAGACGGAUGAGGAUCCCGACCUGCACAGCUCUGAAAGCUGAGCAAUUACGAAACAAGAUCAUUAAACUAGCUUCCAGCGACCGGUAUCAGGCUAACGUGAUGUUUAUAAUACAAGACAGCAAUAGCAAAUUAAUAGACCUUUUUUUCGCUACACAGUUUCAAUUUUUUCCUGGUAUUGCUUCGGCUAUUGAACUCAGACAAGGAAGCUGUUUCAGAGAAAUCUUAGAAAAUGGCACGGAGGCGUUUGUGUCAUUCAUAGAAUCCUACGGGAGACACGACUGCAAUAUUGUUUGUCCCCUAGCAGUUCCGUUUUCAGCUUGCAGAGUAUCAGUACCGGGUCAGUUAUUUGACCUAGUUAUAUUUAUAGAGUUGGAUGUAGUUGGUUGCGCUCAUGCAUACGGCUUGUUAAGAAUGCCACGUAUGAAGGAAUUCAGAAAUCGGGACUUGAGUCUCUUUAAGCGUGUGGAUAUCAACACUGCUUCAGUGCCCUUCAAGAAUAAAAAGCAGGAACAGAGAAGGCAGGAGAAUAUGCUAAAACUGCACACGGAAACAACCCCUAGGAAGCAGUUUUCAAAGACAUCGGACGCUCGCAAAGGACGCAAGCGAGCAAAUGUUGAGCAGGAUUGGGAGGAGUUGGCCAGUGAUAUAACUUUACUAAAAAAGUUCAAGAAGGGUCGGUUGGGAAAAAAGGAACUGAAUGAGAAAUUUAUCGUUUAG